GGGGGAGGAUUCAUGGUGUGCUGGUCCCCCCCCUGCCGUUUAGCAUCCCUAAGGAUGGAUGGAGCCCCCCCAGCUGUGGUUCUCCAACCCACAGAGGAGGCAAUUUGGGAGCAGAUGCUGCAUCUGGGGAUGAAAUCAUCCACCUCCUCUUUCCAUUCCCCCCCUCCCCGGUAGCCGGGCUCCCCCCCCCCGCCGCGCUGCGGGGCUACCGGGGAGGAGGGACGCUGACAUCACCGCCGGAGAGCGGCUCGGCGGGGCCGGGGCUCCGCUCCGCUCCCGUUCUCCGCUCCCGCCGCGGGAGCCGCCGCGCCCGAGAGAGGGAGGUCCCAGCACCAUGCGGAUGAGACCAGGCUGAGAAGAUGAUGGCACAUUUGGACCCCAAUUAGCCUCUUCUGUUCCCCUCUGUUUGCCCCGGUGAUGAAAAGGCUCCUUACCCACACCUGAGCCAACCCUGCUGAGCCCUGGGCACUGGAGUGGCUCUGCAGCCAUUCCAGGGCUGGAGGUGUCAGGAUCCGCUCUCCAACGCGGAGAUUUUCCAACACUGACAUUCCUAUUCUGCGUGCGUGGGGAAAGGAACGCUCCCAUCACACUGUAUUGCCCCAGCACAGUCAUACCUGCCCUGUGCAGGUAUCCCAGGCCCUAAUGCCUGGUUGGAUUCGGGCAGCGUGACCCACACCAGACAGCAUCACCAUGGCCUCCUCGGACGGGCUGCAGUACCGGGCUCUCUACGAGUACCAGAAGGACCGGGAGGAGGACCUGGCGCUGUGCCCCGGGGACGUGCUGACGGUCAGCAGGGCCGGGCUGCUCAGCAGUCCCAGCUACAAGGACGGGGACGAGCGCAGCCCCCAGGGUUGGCUCCACGGCCUCAACGAGCGCACCAAGGAGCGCGGAGACUUCCCCGGCACCUACGUGGAGUACCUGGGUCCCACGCGCAUCGUCACCACCACCACCAAGGCCAGGCCACGGCCCUUGCCCCCGCCACCCGCUGGGACCCCUGCACCCUGGGGGCUUUCUGGGCAGGCAGAGCUUGCUGAGCACCCCACUCUCCCGGAGCAGGCACUGCCAACUGUGGCCAGGCUCAUCGAGGCGCUGGAAAAACAAGGUCUCGACAGCGAGGCGCUCUACAGACCCGGCCCCAGUGCACUGGGAGAUGCUGAGCUGAAGCAAGCUCUUCUGACGGAUGCCUCAGCUGUGGACAUGGACCUGUACGAGGCCCAAACGCUGGCGGAGGCCCUGAAGUGGUACCUCCAGGAGCUCCCAUCACCCCUGAUCCCUCCAGCUCUCUACAGCGACUUGAUCCACAUGGCUCAAGAGACCCCGGGCCUGGAGGAGUGUGGCCAGCGAGCCAGAGCCCUGCUGGCCCCCCCGGCGCUGCCGCAGCCCCAGGCACUGCUCCUGUGCCAGCUCCUCUGCCACUUCUGCCGCCUCUGCCAGGGCACGCAGCGGAGCCGCCCCUUGCCCCGGCUCCUCGCGGAGCAAUUCGGGGAGCUGCUCCUCUGCCCCGCGGCAGGCAGCACCGAGGCGAGCCCCGAGCUCCGCACAAGGAUCCUCGAGUCCCUCAUCGUGGCCAGCGAGGCAGCGGAGGUACCAGCAGCCCCUGCUCUUCCUCCAAAGCCCCCCAAACCAAUGACUCCAGUCAAUACAAAUGGAAUAAAGGACAAUUCCAGUUUCUCUCUGCAGGAAGCAGAGUGGUACUGGGGGGACAUCUCAAGGGAAGAAGUAAAUGACAAAUUACGAGACAUGCCAGAUGGGACAUUCCUGGUGCGUGAUGCAUCAACCAAGAUGCAGGGAGACUACACUCUGACAUUACGGAAGGGUGGCAACAACAAACUGAUAAAGAUCUACCAUCGGGAUGGGAAAUAUGGCUUUUCUGAUCCGCUGACAUUUAAUUCAGUCGUGGAACUGAUCAACCACUACCGCAACGAGUCUCUUGCUCAGUAUAACCCGAAGCUUGAUGUGAAGCUGAUGUAUCCAGUGUCCCGCUACCAGCAGGAUCAGUUGGUGAAAGAAGAUAAUAUAGAUGCAGUAGGUAAAAAGCUUCAAGAAUACCAUGCUCAGUAUCAGGAGAAGAGUAAAGAGUACGACAAAUUGUAUGAAGAAUAUACUAGAACAUCACAGGAAAUUCAGAUGAAGAGGACUGCAAUUGAAGCAUUUAAUGAAACUAUUAAGAUAUUUGAGGAACAGUGCCACUCACAAGAGCGAUACAGCAAAGAAUACAUUGAGCGGUUUCGCAGGGAGGGGAAUGACAAAGAAAUUGAACGGAUCAUGAUGAACUAUGAAAAAUUAAAAUCACGCCUGGGUGAGAUCCAUGAUAGCAAAAUGCGCCUGGAACAAGAUUUGAAGAAACAAGCUCUGGACAACAGGGAGACUGAUAAGAAAAUGAAUAGUAUCAAGCCUGACUUAAUUCAGCUUCGCAAAAUCAGAGAUCAGUAUCUUGUAUGGCUCAAUCACAAAGGGGUGAGACAGAAGAGAAUAAACGACUGGCUGGGGAUCAAAAAUGAAAAUAUUGAUGACACAUACUUUGUGAAUGAAGAAGAUGAAAACCUUCCACAUCAUGAUGAGAAAACUUGGUUUGUUGGAGAUCUCAACCGUAUCCAAGCAGAAGACUUGCUCUGUGGGAAACCUGAUGGAGCAUUUCUAAUUCGUGAGAGCAGCAAGAAAGGAUGUUAUGCUUGUUCUGUGGUAGCUGAUGGAGAAGUGAAACACUGUGUGAUCUACAGCACUCCGAGAGGUUAUGGGUUUGCAGAACCGUAUAACCUGUACAGCACACUUAAGGAUUUGGUUCUUCAUUACCAGCAGACAUCCCUUGUCCAACACAAUGAUUCCCUAAAUGUUAGGCUUGCCUAUCCUGUCUACGCACAGAUGCCCCCCUCUCUCUGCAGGGAAACUGCAUCUGUUAAGAACCUGCUUCUCCAGAAGCUUUCGAAUUAUUUUGUUUUCCAGAUGAAUUCCAGCAUGUAACUUUGGUACUCUUGUUUGUUAUUUGUGUAAAACCUGUUCUUCUGUCGUUUAUGGUGUAGUCAGAAAAAAGAAAAAAAAAAAAAAAAAAGAAAAAAUAAAAAAAAGGAAUUCAUGUAGUUUAACUUUUAAAGAAAAGAAACAAACUGCUUCAUAAGGAAACCAAUUGUAUGUUAGUGUUUUCAGACAAGUCAUCCUGUAGUUUCUAGCUCAGUAAUGCAACACUGUACUUGUCACCAGGUGUGUUACAAUUUUGCUGUACUUUCUUUUACUAGAUGGUUGGGCUUUUAAAUCCCAGACACUACGCAUCCUGGGCCUACUUGCUCUAGAUCAAAAAAAAUGCAAUAAAAAGUUGCAAUAAAGCACAUUGACAUGUAAUGUUUUAGAAGGAUGUACUGACGGCUGUUUCUAAUAAAUUCAGAACUGCAGCGUG